CACGCUGCGCCGCAAGGUCACCUCGCCCAACGGCACCACCCACGCCGCCAUCGAGAAGAUGAAGGAGGAGCGUGUCCCCGAGGGCGUCGACCAGGGGAUGAAGGCGUGCUUUGCCCGUUGCUCGUCGCUGUCGGAGGAGUUUGGCAAGCUUUAACGCAGCCCCACCACCAUAGCGUUUGCCAUAGAUGCCAAAUAAAAAACAUAGUCAAAGCACAUGAUCCGUCUGCCUGGGACGCUUGGCAGGUCUCUGCAGGCGAGUUUGGACAAACGUCAUUGGCAACCUCUCCUUCGUUGUCCUUCGUUGUCUAUUUUUUUUUUUUUCACACCAAUGUCGCACCAGCUGACGGACCCGCUCAUUGACACAUUCAAGGCAGCACUGGUACACAUUACCAAUGCCAACGACCGUGUCAAGGUGCUGUUUGCCAUCGAGUCGCGGGCGCUGCUUCUUGAAUGUGAGCGCACGUACCAGGUCCAGUUAGACGAGCUGCAACAGAAGCAUUCGCGGGCACGCGAGCAGCUCGAGCGCAAGCAGGCGCAGAUCAGUGAGGAGCGACUGCGCGUUGACCAGCUACGGCGCAAAACUGCCGGUUCAAAGUUCAAGUGGAUCACAAAGGAGCUGGACAGCGCUGUCAGUGGGUUGGAGUUCUCGGAGCUGAUGGUCGAGCGGGCCGAGAAGGCUGUAGAUGACAGCGCGACGGAGCUACAGCGCGCAAAAGAAGAUGGUGCACGAGAAACCAGACAGUUCAGAGACGAUGCACACAGGGCGUAUGAGGCAUGUGCUAAUAUACUGGAUGUUAUCCCGGCGGAUCCAGAUACGCAGAGGGGUGCGCCAGGAAUCUGCCAGCAGUUCAUGGCCGUGAUCCCUGUCAAAACUGCAUCGGUGCCGCUGAGCAAGCCAGAGCACACAUUGCCCCCUCCACUGCCUCCACCGCCUCCACCACCACAAACACGCGCAUCUGUAUCGCCAGAUCUCGAAGGAGCCCGCUCGAGACCACAGAUGAACCAGCGUGGGUGCUCGCUCCCGCCCCCACCGCCACCGCCACCUCUGGUAUCUGAGCUAGCACCAUACCUCCCGCCUCCACCGCCACCUCCCAACUACAUACCACUGCCUGGUCCAAAAAACGAGGUCCAGCCAGCUCCACGGCCUGUGCCAUACAUCCCUGGUGCACGUGCACACUACCCUCCACCUCCAUUAACCCGCCUGCCAUCGCCACCGCCAUCACACGCACUCGGAGACACCCAUAUGCAGUCUGUGGAGGAAGUUAGCCCGCCACGGAUCCCGCCUAGGCCACGGUACAUGUCCAUGCCUGCAGUUACUGAGCCAGCACAUGCCUCGCCGCCUCCACUACCACAGACCCAGCGACCAGGUCGUGCUCUGCAGCAACCAACAGCCUAUGGAGAUAAGCUGCAUCCGCCACUCGAUAGCGACAUGCACCGCCAGUCGGCACCGCCAAAAAUGCCACAGCCGCCGCCGAAGCCAGCGUCACUGAAGCUCGCACUUCGAUACCAGCGACCUGCCAGCCGCCCAAUUGUGAUGUCAAUUAACAACAGUCUAGAGACGCAGCUGGCAGUCCGGCGCUUCCAGACGCAAUUGCCUCGAAAGUUUCUUAUUCGCAUGCCAUCGCCGACCAGCCCCGAUAUCGAUUCCGUCCGCCGUGCGGUGUUUGGGCAUGUUUGGGCGUGCAUUCGAGCAAUGCUGCAAGAAUCGGUGCCUGGGAUUGCCAGGGCAGAACUGAUCGAUAAUAUGGCGACCAGCAGUACCGGCGUAUCCAUUGACGUGUACGAUGGGAGGGUAAACCACCCUAUUUUGCGGAUGCCAGUAGAUAUCACCGGGUCAUUCAAGCGCUGUCCGCAGCAGCAAGACUACCCCUGCGACGUACCUCCAGCAAACAGUCAAGAGUCGGCAAAUAUUCACCGGUUGGAAGGCGAGUUCGGCGGUAUGUGCGACCCGAUAGCCAUCGAACGGGCAAUUAAGAGCUUGGUACAGCAGCGCAUAGCCACCGAGCCACUGUCUCAAGAAUGUGGUGUAGUGAUUGCUGCUGAAGGCAUGUUGCUGGCGAGGCGAACCGACCACCAGGGUGUUGAGAUCAGCCCACUAGUCGCAUUCAACGGCACAGUGCCCCACCCUGUAGCAGCCAUCGGAUUCUAUGUCAUGGAAGCACUAAAUCGCCUUGCAGAUUGCUAAGCGCAGCCCCCCUUGCGAUUCAUUUAUUUUUGCAAGAGAACUUUAGGGUAGAUCUGCCUAAAUGAGUCACGCAAGCUCGCUAGUGCUGCGAAAGAGAACAAAUGAGUUUCGGAACCUAACCAAGGCGAUGGACUUUUAGGUACACCACAGUACUCAGUCAUAAAGAACUAGCAGGACACCAAAAACUAUGAACGAUGUCGAUGGCAACAAGAGCACAGCAC